UUGCCCAAAAGUCUGUGUCGGAACGAGCUCGAUACAUCGCUGACAAUGACAGAUGUUUUCGCUGCUUGGAGACGGGACACAUCUCGAGAAGGUGCCCGUCCACAUCUGUCCAACAGUGCAGUUCUGCCGGCUGUGGAGGCAGACACCACCAGUUACUACAUGGCAGCCAGCGUGUUUUCGAGCGUCGUGGAACGGAGCAGGCUGCCGCGCUCGAGCAAACCCAACAACAUAUGGAUCCAGCAGAGCAGCACUCAACUAAUCGGACGAUCGGAGCCGCGCUAAAUGCGACCAGAACUUCUACACUUCUUCAAGUCGUACCAGUGCGUGUGUACGGGCCAGACGGCGAGUGCAGUGACACGCACGCACUACUGGACGCCGGAGCACAAACCUCUCUCUGCACCGAUCGGCUGAGGCAGCGCCUGGGUAUCAUCGGAGAACGCCAGGAGCUGCAACUCAACAACGUCGAAGGGGCCGGCGAGAAGAGAACUGUGCACCGAUUUGAACUGCAGGUAUCGCCAAUGUCGGAUGGAAACGGAAGAGCGGAUAUUACCGUACAAGAGGUAUACUCCGUUCCUAAGCUGAACGUGCAGCCGCAAACAAUCGACUGGAGUCGGCGACACGAGUGGCUCCAUCUCUCGGAUCUCGACAUUCCAGACACUAGUGACAAGCCGAUCGAACUACUGUUAGGCGCUAACGUCACUGAAGCAAUAGUGCAGCACGAGGCACGCGUUGGUAGGCCAGGCCAGCCAGUGGCCGUUCGUACAGCCUUUGGUUGGUGUCUAAGCGGCAACAUCACACAGCUGGUCUCGCCUGGUGCUCGUCACGUCAUGCACAUGGCACGAGUUGACACUCGAGAAGAAGAGUUGAACUCUCUGGUGAAGGAAUGGUGGUCCACCGAGUCCUUCGGCACCAAAUUCAGCGAGAACGUCGCCUCAUCAGCUGAAGAUAGGCGCGCGGAGAAGCUGCUCGCUGAGACGACGAAAUGGCGCGGGGACAGGUACGAGACCGGUCUACUGUGGAGAUCAGACGACGUCUCCAUGCCAGACAACUACACAGCAGCACUGAAUCGGCUUGAGAGCACAGAAAAAAGACUUCUCCGCCAACCAGGGACGGCAGCUGCAUACAAAGAUACCUUUCGACAGUAUCUGGACAAGGGAUACGCUCGAAUGCUCUGCCCAGAAGAACUCGAGAGAGCAGACAAGAAACGAUGGUUCCUGCCGCACCAUGCAGUGGUCAACCAAAACAAGCCAGGAAAGAUCCGUGUGGUAUUCGAUGCUGCAGCCAGCUACAGAGGAACCUCUCUGAACAGUCAGCUUCUCACUGGCCCUGACUUCCUUCAGACGAUUCCCGGCGUUCUUCUGAGAUUCAGGGAGCAGCAAGUCGGCGUUUCGGCCGACAUCGAACAGAUGUACCAUCAGGUGGCGGCAGUGAAGGACGAUCAGCCGGCACUCAGCUUUCUUUGGCGAGAUUUGGACACCACCCGGCCUCCUGAUGUGUACCAAAUGGACCGUAUUAUCUUUGGAGCCCGGUGCUCACCGGCUUCGGCAUCGUAUGCUCUUCGCAAGACCGCCAAUGACAUGGCGGCUGACACUGACUCGGACAGAGCGGCGACAGAAGCGGUCCUCUGCAACUUCUAUAUGGACGACUUCCUCAGCUCGGAGCCAAACAGCGACUCGGCUAUUUCUAGCCUCACAGCAGUGACAGCACUCGUAUCUCGAGGAGGCUUCAGACUCACCAAAUGGCUCAGCAAUUCUCGUGACGUCCUCGCCGCUGUGCCAGAGUCCGAACGUACACCAUCAGCGGCAGAUCUGACCGUGCAGCUGCCGACAGAACGCGUCCUCGGUCUGCUGUGGGACGCAGAGACUGACCUGCUAAGGCUGCAUGUUCAUCACCGAACUGUGCCUCCUACAAAACGGGGUAUCCUUCAGAUGGCUGCCUCCAUCUACGAUCCACUUGGAUUCGCCUCUCCAUUCACUCUUCUCGCAAGAAUCGUGAUGCAGAAGCUGUGGGCACUGAAACUCGACUGGGACUGUGAGCUCACAGGAACGACGGCGGAGGAAUGGACUCGUUGGACAGGAGAAUUGGCGUGCCUAGAAGCACUCAUCGUUCCUCGGAGCUUCAAAGCAUGCGACUCACCUGCACAUGAUCGGCAGCUUCACAUAUUUUGUGAUGCUUUCGAGCUCGCCUUCGGGGCCGUGGCCUACCUCAGAGAGACAUCGGCUGACGGCACUGUGUCUGUCUCUUUCGUCAUGAGCAAGACUCGAGUCGCUCCAUUAAAGAAGAUGACUAUCGUUCGGCUUGAAACUCAAGCGGCUGUGCUAGCCGUUCGACUGGCAGACGCCAUCAGAAGAGAACUGAAGCUCGCAAUUGAUGGAGUCAACUUUUGGAGCGACAGUAUGGUGGUUCUCCAAUACAUCAACAACGAAAGCAGGCGCUUCCACACGUUCAUCGCCAACCGAAUAGCGGAGAUUCGCCAAGGCUCAGAACCAUCGCGGUGGCGGCAUGUCCCAGGAUACCUAAACCCGGCGGACGACUGCUCGCGGGGUCUGCCGGCUUCUCAGUUGACACCGGAUAGCCGCUGGAUUCAAGGACCUGCCUUCCUUCGCCAGCCGCCGGAUCAAUGGCCUUCAGAGGUUCGCCAAAAGGCCAUAAACGAUGGUGAUCCCGAGGUCAGGGUCGUGAAUCUCACCUCCACUGAUCUCAGCACAGGGAUUGUUCUCCCUGACCCCAGCAGAUUCUCAAGCUGGACUCGCUACAAACGCUCCGUCGCCUGGCUGAUGCGGUUUCUCUGCAACUUCGUGGCCAGACACGGCUCUCAAGAAGAGCAAGAAUGGCGCCGUGCUGGCACGCUCUCGGUGACAGAGUUGAACGAUGCAGAAAACCUUAUUCUGCGCAAGAUGCAAAAUGAUCAGUAUCAUCAGGAACUGAUCGACCUGAAGAACGGCAGAUCGGUCUCUAGCAAGAGUAGUCUGCUGGCACUCUCACCCUGGCUGGAUGAAGACGGUGUCAUUCGGGUCGGUGGUCGGCUCCUCAACGCACCGCUCCCAGCCACGGCUCGCCAUCCAGUGAUCCUGUCUCGCAGCAGUGAAGUGACUCGAUUAGUAGUCACGCACUUCCACAGCCAGCUUCUGCACGCUGGCGCCGAACACGUCAUCAAUGAAGCCAGACAGCUGUACUGGAUCCCCAGGGCACGGGCGACAGUGCGGAAGAUCCUGUCAGCCUGCCCGCUCUGUCGACGAAGACGAGCCCAGCCUCAAACGCCAAGAAUGGCUGCGCUUCCGAAAGCGCGCUUAGCUGUGACACACCCAUUCUGCAACGUCGGCAUCGAUUACUUCGGCCCGAUACUCACCAAAGUAGGCAGGAAGACGGAGAAGCGAUACUGUCUGCUGGUGACAUGUAUGUCUACCAGAGCAGUCCACCUCGAACUAUCGACAUCUUUAAGCACCGAAUCGUUCCUCAUGGCCUUCCAGCGUUUCGUCGCUCGUCGCGGUAGGCCAGCUUCGGUGUACUCGGAUAACGGAACCAACUUCCGCCGAGGGGAAGCUGAACUCCUACGUCUUCUAACCGACUUAAAUCAAGGCUGCAUCAGUGAUCGGCUCGCCCAAGACAACAUCCGCUGGUUUUUCAAUCCUCCCAACGCAUGCCAUAUGGGAGGUAUUUGGGAGCGAAUGGUGGCAACCGUGAAACGAGCACUCCGAGUAGUCCUUGGAAACUUCAUCGUUCAUGAAGAAGCUCUACUGACCGCUAUCGCAGAAGUAGAGGCAGUCAUCAACAGUCGACCUUUGACGCACGUCAGCUCAGAAGCCAGUGACUUUGAAGCGCUCACUCCCAGUCACAUCCUUCUCGGCAGACCGGCGUGUCUCCUGCCGUCUCAGCUCAGUGACUCAUCACGAAUGAAUGUCAGGAGUCACUGGCGGCAAGCACGAGCCAUAGCCACACAGUUCUGGCGAAGAUGGCUCAGGGAAUACGUCCCCACCCUCGCUCAGCGCACCAAAUGGACGUCAGACGUUCGGAACCUGCGCGUCGGAGACUUGGUGCUGCUAGCCGGCGACGACACGCCAAAGGGAUUGUGGCCGCUGGCUCGAGUCGCUCAGGUGUACCCUGGACCCGAUGGUCGUGUCCGUUCUGUGGAUAUAGUGACCGCUAGAGGACGUCUCCGCCGUCCUGCUAGCAAAGUGUGUCUCCUCGAGGGGAGUGAUGAUGAUGGUGAUUAGUGGUGCAACUGCGCUCUGCCCAGUGUGUGUAUCGGUGGGCAUGGUGCCAAGGGUGACGACGGGUCACUCUUGGGGGGGAGGAUGUCGCCGCCGUAGCGGCUCCAGUGUGUUAUGGCACGCGCCAUUUUGCAUAUUUUCACGCAGUCGGAAUUUCGUCGGUGCUAUUGUUGUCGUGUGAAUGAACUCGUUGAAAUUAGAAGGACAAAUGGCGGACAAU